AUGUUCAGCACAAUUUUACUCGCUUUGGGAGUUGUGUUGGCUAUCUCAGCUUCGGGUAAGAAAAUUUACAAAUAUUCACUGAUUGAAUCACAAUGCUUGAUAAUGUUCCUUGCCAGAAUAUGCAGUUAUCUGAAAAGAUGUGGGAAGCUAUAUCUUUCAAGUUACAUAGGAUAAUGUAAUUGCUUGAUAAUGUAGCUAUUUUAAACACGUCGCAAUCCGAUUUCCAGAGAUUGUGACAGACAUUAAAAUCUCAUCUCUGAUUAUAAAUAUUUUGACUUUAUAAUUGGCUGAUUGAAUACAAAAGGUACUCUAUCCAGUUUUAGUUUCCAGGUCAGUGACCCCUACCGGAUUUCUAGUAAAACUGACGGAGACAAGAUAUGACACCAGUUGAACUGCUGGGAUAGCUGGACUGUAAAGGUUUGGCUUGGGAGGAAAUUAAUUUCCUGCACAAAAAUUCUUGCAAUUAUCGAAAUCUGCACAACAUUUUUCAAAUUGUAAAUAACCGCAAAUAAUUUUUGAAAAAUCUACACAAAAUGCUUUAAUUUGUGAACCAAGCAGAUUUCCGAUCUUGUUCUUUGACAAAAGCAUUUUCUGACGCAGGAUUGCCCGGUCUGCCAUACAUUUUCUGUGAAAAUAUUAGAGGCGUAGCCAGGGCUGCCCCCCCCCCCUGGCAAAAUUUUGCCCCCUGAUAAAAUGUAUUGUAUAAAAAAGGGAAUUCCUUGAUUAUAUAGCUUCAUGUUGAGACCCGUCGGAAAAUUGUCAAUGUUGUCGGAAUCUUCGUGGUGAAGCAUCGGAAAAAGUAAUACGGAAAUCGGGAAAAGUGCUAGGAAAGCAAUUCCCCCCCUGACCAAAAAUCCUGGCUACGCCUCUUGAAAAUAUCUGACAUUUCUGCGCAACUUUCCCAAGGAAAAACAUUUCCUGUGCAAAAUAAAACAUUUCAGUCUGGCUGCUGGAAGUGUGACAAGACAAUUUGCAACUAAUGAUCUACUGCAUAUCUUUUUUGUUUUGUUUUAGGAAGUGCUCUGAAAUGCAAUGUUUGUGCAUACUGGACAACACAGCCAAAAGAACAACAAAAAUGUCCUAAUACCACAGUCAAUUGUAUAACCGGUACUUCAUAUUGUUACACAGCAUCUGUUGCCGACCAAAAUGAUUAUUUUACAAGAGGCUGUGCCACCAACGCGACUUUGUGCCUCGAUCCUGAGAAAUUGUGUAACGUUGCAACAACAAAAUUGAAUCUGAAAUCCUGUGCUUUGGAAUGUUGUACUACCGAUAAUUGCAACAAUUAUACCCUCAGCAGUGCAACUGGUGCCCCCAGCCGUGCAACUGGUGCCCCCAGUAGCGCAACUGGUGCUCCCAGCAGUGCAACUAGUGUCAUGGUGAGCAAGUUUACUCUUUCCUUGAUGGUGAUUGUUGGCUUUAUUUGCUUGACUUGAUGUACUUUGCGUUCUGACUGUGUAGUUUUACUUAAAUUUACUUAAUUCAAUUGUUGUAAUUUGCCUUAAACGAACUUUAUUUAUACUGGAUAGUCUUAAUCAGCUUUAAUUAAACUGUUCUCCCCAGAGGACAGUGCUACUAAAACUCAACUAAGUUCAUUUAUACUGGAUAGCUCCUUAAACUGUUCUCCCUAUAGAAAAACCCUGCACCUCUUUAUUUAUCCCG